GAUCAGAUCGCGACCAAAGAGUUCAGCCUGGUAGCAUAGUGAUGACGGCGGUGGGUCCAAGGGCUGGCAGCGUGGUCAUCGUGGAGAGACAUUCACCUUACUUCAGGCAGCUCCUUCAGCCCUCACAGGUAAAUAGACCUUCUCCUGGCUGCAUUACAGUUCAGAAUGGAUGCCCUGACUCUUGCUGCAAAAGACAAGUACCUGCAGAGUUUAGGAAGCAAAGUAUGUGCAUUCCAGAACCAGGAGCCACGUAAACGAAAGUUUGUUUCUAAAAGAGAGGGAUCUGCAAACACAGCAGAAUCUAAGAAGAAGAGGAAGAAAAGAGAAAAGCAGCUGAGUAAGGAGACAAAAGUGCCUCAGGCAGUGAAUGGGAAUCAACCUAAAACUGUUAAAGGUGAAACAAAACAGAACAAAAGCCACCAGAGUCCCAGAGUCCUCAGCAAUGUGGACACGGGUUCAUUUUCGACAGUAAAUAUUCUACGUCAGAGACUGCAUGAAAAAAUUCAAGAAUGCCAAGGGCAGGGUAACCAAAAAGGCUUGUUGCCUGAAGAACUAGAAAAGAAACGUCUGCGCAGAAAGCAGGAGAGGGAAAGGAAGAAACGAAAAAGGAAAGAAUUGCGAAUGAAGAAACAGGAGAAGACUGUUCAGGAGAGCAACGUGGUAACAACUGAAGAUGGGGAGAAAAAAGAUGAAGUAGAGAAAGUAGAAACUCAGAUACUCUUCAACAAAGUGGAAGUGACAAAUGAGACAGUUAAAGACAAGAAACUAAAUAAGAAAGAGAAGAAAAAGAGCAUUAAAGGUGGCAUCACACCUUUGACUGGCAGAAACUACAAACAACUUUUGUCUAGGCUGGAAGCCCAUAAGAAUAAGAUUGAAGAAUUAAAAAGUAAAGAUGAAAAUAAAGCAAAGGAAGUAGAAGCAAAAAUGAAGUGGACCAAUAUUCUGUACAAAGCCGAAGGUCUGAAAAUUAAGGACAAUGAAGAAAUGUUAAAGGCUUCAUUAAAAAGAAAGGAAAAACUCAAAUCCCAGCGGCAGAAACGCUGGGAAAAACGAACAGAGCAUGUUGUUGAGAAGAUGCAGCAACGCCAAGAUAAGAGGAAAGCAAAUUUAAGGAAAAAGAAAGAGGCUGCAAUAGAACGAAGGAAAAACAAGGCAAGAAAGAAGGGACGUAUACUUCCUGAAGAUUUUAAAAAAGUAAAUCUUUGAGAGGGAUAACUGAGUUUUAUUGUGCCCUGAAAAAUAGGCAGUGCAGUAUGCCAGUCCCACAGUGUUUCAAAUUUUUUGUAAAUCCUUGGAUACAUAGCAAUUUUUUUCUUUAAUAAUUUCACUGUAUUAAAGGAAGGACUUGAUGCUGUUUAAUCUUUUCUGAAUACCUGUUUUUAUUAAGAUUAAAUAUUUUUAACACCAUUGGUUCAUUCAGCAAUUUUGACUUCUGCCCUGGUAAGUUUCCUGGCAGUGUUUGCUUUUAAAGUUCACACACAAGUCAUGGUCACUUGGGUAACCAACAUCCUUGGGAUCAUACUCCAAUAAAGAAUCACUAUUUUAUGGAGAGAGCAGAAUUGUUGAAAACUAACAUCCGCUGCCUUGAAUGAGAAGUUAAUUUUCUUCCCCAGUUAUUCAUUGAGCAAUAAACUAAUUCUUGCUCACUGUGGCAAGCACAACUGAUAAUAAAUUAUGUUUCUGUUUUCAAAAAUUGAACCUUAAAUUGGCACAUUGUGAAACUUUUCUGCAUUUAAAUGUACUUUGUAACUUGUUCAGGAAGGCAUUGUGAAAAGCAAAAUAAAGUCUCUAAUUUGGCAUUUUUUAAUUCAGUAAGUAACUCCCUUAUUCUGGUGCCAAGAAGGUCUUGAAAUGUUCACAUUAUUUUUAGUUUAGAAGAUGGGAUCUUUUGGAAAAGUACAUUUACUUCUCAGAAUUGGUCCCCAUUUACACCCAAAAGCAGAUACAUUUCAAAUCUUCCUGUGAACUAGAGCAUGCAGAACAAAACCAGGUAACAUACUUGGCUGAAUUUGUUGUCAGAUUGUGUUGGUGAUAGGAAGGUUACACUUACAGAACAUUAAGUCCUGGGACGAUUAUAAUAAAGGCACAUCUGGAGUUUUUUGGCUGUCAUCCCCUAAUGAUGACCCCAUUUCUAACAUCUUGGCUUCUGUAUUUGGUUUCUCAUAGCUGCAGUUGCCUUAUUUUGUUCCUAAGUUGCACUUCUAAAUUGGACAUUUUUCUCAGCUCCUAAUCUUUCUGUAUCCAGAUGUCAUGGAAAAAUGACAGAGCAGGAGUUCAAAUCUUUGGCUUCAAGCAUUUAAUAAAAUAGAUCUCCCAGGAAGUAAGCUGGUGAAUGUUAAAUUCUGCUUAAUCGUAGUUAGCUUCAGAGAUAACUUCUUUGUGUAAGUAUCAAUAAGGUGAGUUUGACUAGUAAGAGCAAUGAAAGUACAUUUGGUGAGGCAUGAUUCUGAAAGAGCACAUUCUACGUAUGGCUACACAUCAGGGAAGUGUAUACGUAUCUUUGAAUAUAUGUGGUGCACAGGAGUGUGUAGUUUGGAAAAAAAUACAAUUCAGGAAUCUCAAAGGAACAGACAUAGGUUUUCAGAACAUAUUCAUGACACACAGAAAUUGGGAAAUUGCAUGCAACUGCAUGACUAUGUGACCUGAGGAUUAGAAGGAAAGAUUGGUGUAUUUUUACAGGAUGAGGAUUCCUUUGAUGAUGGUGAGCCAUGCUUACCACUGGUGAAAAGGCCUUGUGCAUGUGCCAUCACUUCGGUGAUGGGGGUAGCAAACAUGUGGAAAUGUUCAAAUAUUAUUAAAAAUUUAAAAACAGGAUAAAAUAAAAUUGUAAUAGUUAAUAACAAACAUUAAAUAAAAAUUAAUUAAGUUGUCUCAUC